AUGGAGCACGAACUCGCCAUCGCCAACGCAGCGCUGUUCGCGGCUCUUUUCCGCGCCGAUCCAACCCCCCUCACGCGCCCUGAUGCCGAAGCCUUCCUUCCACUGCUCGACUCAGCUCUUGUCCAAUGCUCUCGUUCCAACGUCCAGGUUUGCUUCAUUGCUCGAGAUACAUCUUGGAUCGUCGAUAACAUCGCUCUCUCAUCCACCCAGAGAGCCACAGCGUUGGGAAAAUACCUGGUAGCUCUCGCGUCGAAACCGAGCGAACGCGGCCGCAGAAUCAGUCUCAAGAGAUGGAGACUGCAUAUUCUUUACCUUCUUAACGAUGUCAUUCAUCAUUUUGUCACUCGGCUUAACAAUAAUAAAUUAGAGUCCGCUUGGGAGGCGCAUCUUCCUGCCCUCUUCGCAGCUGCCGCUGGAUUCGAACAGUGCCCAAAGCACAAAAAGAAGCUCGACAAUCUCCUAGAUUUAUGGGAGGAGAAAUCAUACUUCUCCGCGAGCUUUGUUGCGAAGCUUCGCGAUGCUCUCGCAAAUGGCGUCUCUCCCCAGCAACCUCCGAGUCAAUCUAUCGGCAAUAGCGUCAAGCUUUCCAAAGACACGCCGUUUAUCCUCCCCGCGUUACAUGGCGACCCCUCGACGCCAUGGUUUGACCUACCUGCAUCUACGUGGCUUAUGCACAUGGAGGCCAAUUCCACUAAGCCCAUGAAGCCAGAGGAGAUCAGACCCUUACAAUUGAAAGCCGGGCCAGCAAGCGAGAAGCUUGUAGGGGCUGUUCAGGAUCUACUUGCAGAUGCGGAUUUUCUCUUUUCCAAAGAGAGUAAAGAAAAUAAUGACGAAAUAAACGAGCUUGGAGAGAGGAUCGUCCUGGACGAGGUCACUGGCGAGAUCAUCGGCGGAGAGACCUACUACGGCUGGUCCAGGCAAUUCUGCGAGCAGAUGAAGGACCACAAACGGAGAGCGAAGAAUGGAAAGGCAAAGGGCCGCUCAAGAUCAAGAUCAAGGUCUAUGUCACUGUCGGACGAAGAUUCGCGACGUCGCUCAUUGAGCCCCGGCCGACCGUCGUUCCGGGGUCGUCGAUAUUCCGACUCGCCACCUGGACGAGGCCGCUCCAGCAGUCGAAGUCGGAGCCCCGAUUCACGACGCUUUCGUCGACGCUCAUAUAGUCGCUCGCCUUCCAGAUCUAGAUCUCGCUCCCGAUCUCGCUCCCGCCCGACACCAUCAUCAUAUCACAGCCGGCCACCACCCCCCGCUGAGAACAACUCCAUG